AUGAUUACAUCCCAGAAGCCAGAAGCCGUGAAGUCCCAACACCCCCGGCGAGGGCGAGUUAUGAGCUCACGACCGCCCUCCCUCCUAUCGCCGACAGACGCUCAUGCGUCCUCUCAUCCACGAUUCCGUCUCCGAAAGGAAGAAACAUUCCACGCGACAAGUCCUUCUUCAGAUGACGAGGAUAUCCUGGCCGACCUACACCCUCUACCUCGUCGUUCCCCAACGUCUCCUGCUGCCCUCCAGGCCAUUAUCGCUGGCCAGGAGCGCAUGACCAAGAUGUUGAGUCGCUUCGACCUGCGUUCGCCUCGAAAGCCCCUGUCCCGAGAAGACGACGACGAACUCCCUGUUCGCAAGGGUGUUUUGGAGAUUCACCUCCGGCGAUCGCAGUCUGGCAGAGGGGACUCGUUCAACAUGGAUGUCGACAAAGACCAACGAUCCCCAAGAAAGGAAGCACCGACGAAGGCUAGAAAGGUGCACUGUCACCCAUCGGACAGCGGUCUAGGAACGUCUGUCAGCAGCUGCCAAACCACCUCUUCGCGCCAAGUGAAAGAAGGCCAGUUGUCCCAGGACAACUCGAUCACCAACUCUCAAGCACAGUCAGCUAUUACUAGCUCGAUCAUGGCGAUUGAACCCGAGGCCACCCCAAAACAGAAGCUCAGCUUGGGCGCGUGUCUGGAGAUUGAGAAGCGAAUCCUUGGUCCCCUACUUGGACAGGAUAUGAUCAAGCCAUUCCAUCACAUCGUGGAAAGUGCUCGUCGGCAGAUUGCUAAUGAACAGAUUGGUACGCUCCGUGAUCUUGAAAAGGCGCUACUCUACGUGGCUGCAGAUGUUGAAUCGGAGGUGGGCUCCUACUACCAAUUCUGCAGUUCCACUAUUUUGUGCCUUCACGAAACGUACACCUACUUGAAUCCCCGGGAUCUGUGCAUGCCUUCGGACAAGAGCUACAGCAAUUCCUACUUUCUUGAUCUUACCGCACAGGUUCACCGUUUCAAGGCUAUGCGGGACGAGGCCCGCAAAAAUAAGAAAGAUGCACCGGAGGCGAAAUUGAUUCUCAAGGGCGGCAUGAGCGAGACUGGUCGUCCUCUGGAGCUUGUUGCCCAAAAGGAUGGGGAAGCGGUCUCCAUGCAGACCGGAAAGCCUUACGAUGCCCACGCCCCUCCCCUGGUGAAGCGUACCCUCAGCCUGGGUGAAGCGGAUGAGGGAGCCAGACGGUCUAUGGCCCGUCGUAAGAAGAACGCUCCUCCCAUGAACAUCAAUACGAAGUGUUCCCACUGUGACAAGAUCUUCCAGAGACCGUGUGAUCUGACGAAACAUGAGAAGACGCACUCGCGCCCUUUCAAGUGUCCGUUUGAGGGGUGCAAGUACCAUGAACUUGGGUGGCCCACCGAGAAGGAGAAUGAGCGCCACAUCAAUGACCGUCACUCAACCACGCCUCGCAUGUAUGCGUGCACUUUCAAUGGCUGUGCUUACAAAUCCAAGAGAGAGAGUAAUUGUAAGCAGCACAUGGAAAAGGCUCACGGUUGGAACUAUGUGCGUGCUAAGAACAACGGACGCAAUGCCAAGCGACGGGCUACUUCGGCUCGUGCCAGUCCAGCUGAAGAGAGCACGGCUCAUUCGAGCCCACUGCACAUGGGCCCCGAUCCAGUGAGCUCUAUUCAGCUGGCUCCGGCCCAGGUGGCUUCGCUCCAAAUGGCAUCCGACCAGAUCAGCCCUCUUCAGAUGAGCUCUGAUCAGGUUAGCUUGCUGCAGAUGCAUCCUGACCAUAUGAGCCCUCUUCAGCUGAGUCUGGACCACAUGAGCCCGCUACAAAUGACUCCUGACCGCGCCAGCCCCGCCGAGAUGCAUUCCCUCCAGAUGAGCCCGGAUCAGGGAAGCUCAGUCCAAUUGAGCCCGCCUCAAGUGAGUCCGGCCCAGCUGAGCACCCCGGCGACUGGCCCUCUCCAGUCGCCCACUGGGUUUGUCAACUACCCGCAAACCCAGAUGUUCCAGCUACAGGACCCGUACACUCAGCUCAAAAACGAAGACUGUGUCUUGUAUACUGACAAUGAUUUUGCCCCUUACAAUGGGUCAACGGAGUUCUUCGAAGAUGCCUCCUUUGGAUAUGGGGAGCAUCUAUACCAAACCGGCCAGAUGGACAUCAGUUCCAUGGGAGCUUUGUGUGAUGACCCCUUCAUGAAUAAUAUGCUCUGGGACAACACCUUUCCGGACGAGAAUCUGUAUGCGAUCAACCAGCCUCCAAUGGGUCCGUUUUAG